CCUUGGACCGUAUUUUUUAUUUAAUAACUAUUGAAAAGUGAUCUAUUUAUAUUAAAUUUAUAACAUAAAAAUCAUAAUAUUGCAGUCUUCAUAAUGCAGACGAUUUAUCAGAACAAAUGGUUUAAAAUAUUAUUAUGAAAGUCCAUAAUAAUUUAUGUAUAAAUUCAGAAAUAUUUAUCUUGGUUAAAAUAAGAAUAUUAUUUGAAUCUUGAUGUAAACUAUUUUUAUUUUUAUUAUAUUUAGAAAUAAUUUACAUUAUUCAGGUUCUUAUCUUUUAUGAUAGGCAAUUAGAUAUUGAUGUAAAUUUGUAAUACGAAAACCGACCACGUGGCCAUCUAAGUUAUUAUUAGUUUAUAUUAAGUCUAAUAAUAUUGAUAAAUUAAUAACAUCAGUUGUCCGAUAUUUAUUCUCAGUGUCGGUUCUUUGAGUUAUCUACGUAUUUGUGUGCAUGUGCGAUAUAAGAUAUUAUAUAAACGUGAUUAGGUUUUGUAUUUCUAAUCUUACAAUAUAAUAUACUGUUUCGUAAAAUGAGUAAACGUGUUAAUAAAAGUAUAACUGACUUUUUUGCCAAAAAAGUACCGCGGCAGGAAUUAAAUACAAAUAAUGCGAAAUUUUGUCCGGAAGAUGAUUUAAGCCAACAAAUAGAAAAUGUACAUUGUCAGCACGAUAAUCUGCAGGUUAGUUUAUUUGAUAUUGAAUUAUGUGUUGGUAAAAAGUUAUCAAAUAAAGAAAAAAUAGAUUUUUUUCAAAACACAUGGACCCCAGAAAAAACAUUUAUUUUCCCAACAACAGAAUUUAAAAACAAAAAAAAAUUGAAGUUUCAAUUUAGUUGGUUGGAGAAAUGGAUUUGGUUGGCGUAUUCACAUAAAGAAGACGGCGCGUAUUGCAAGUAUUGUGUUAUAUUUAAUAAAACGGAAGGAGGUUCUCAGGUUUUGGGUAAUUUUAGUCUUAAGCCUUUUAAAAUUUGGUAUAAAGCAAUAGAAAAAUUUAAUAUUCACGAAAAGUGUAAUUAUCACCUCAAAGCAGUUGAAGAGUAUCAGAACAUUGUUGCUAUUGAAGCUGGAAAACAAGAUUCAAUAGAUUUACAAUUAAAUAAAGCUUCUAAAAUGCAGAAAGAAUUGAAUAGAAAAAUAAUUAUUCCAGUAAUCGAAUCUGUGGUUUUUUGCGGAAGACAGGGAAUUGCCUUACGCGGACAUCGGGAUUUUGGAAUGCUAACGACGGAAAACCCAAUAGAAAAUGACGGUAACUUUAGAGCUUUAAUGCGAUUUCAUAUGAAUGCGACAAAGUUGUCUGGUGAUGAAUCUUACGAAUUGGCAAGAACAAAUUGUGCAAAAAACGCGCAGUAUACAAGUUGGAAGAUUCAAAACGAAAUUAUCAGUUCUUGUCAUGAUAUUAUUUUAUUUAAAAUCAUUGAUGAAAUCAAUAAUAGUAAAUGUUUUUCGGUAAUAGCUGACGAAACGGCAGACGUGGCUGGCAUUGAACAAUUUUCGUUAUGUGUUCGUUAUUUUGAUUCUAAAAGUAAAAUAAUAAAAGAACAAUUUUUAAAAUUUGUACCUGUUAUGGACUUAAGUGGAAGCGCACUUGCAAGUAUAAUUAUUAAAGAACUUACUGACAUGAAAAUUGAAAUGCAGUACAUCAGAGGACAGGGUUAUGAUGGAGCUGCAUCGAUGAGUGGGAGAUUCAAUGGUGUACAAUCAUGCAUAAAAAAAGAAUAUAAAACUGCUAUAUAUGUUCAUUGCAGUGCGCACAGUUUAAAUUUAGCUAUAACUUAUGCUUGCGGUGUACAAUCCAUUCGAAAUACUAUGGGUACAAUCGAAAAAGUUUUCGUAUUUUUAAAUACUCCAAAAAGACAAGCUGCAUUUUCAAAACAUGUCAAAGAACUGAAUCAAGAAAAUACUCAUAAAGAAAAACUAAAACAGAGGCAUGACUCAGUAGAAGUGUUUGAUCAACUUCUUCCUGCUGUCCAUUCGUGUUUAGAAGAAAUGACUAAAUAA